GUGAUCUUGACAUUAUUUGGACUUAAUUCAUAACAGCGAAAUAUGGAUAUGUCAGGAAUUACACCUCCGUGCAUGGAUUGGGACAGUACAAACCUCCCGGAGGCGUGGGAAAGGUUCAAGCGACACGUGGAACUCAUCUUCACUGGACCUUUGAGCUCCAAAUCAGAGAUAGAGAAAGUGUCAUAUCUUCUCUUGUGGAUAGGCGACAAAGGCCGCGACGUUCAUCAAGCGUGGACUCUGACUGAAGCCGAGAAAAAGAGCCUGAAAUCCAUUUACAAGAAAUUUCAAGCUCACGUCCAGCCAAAACUCAACCCAAUUUUCGCGCGCUUCAGAUUCUACAACGAAGUUCAAGGAGCUGACACUAUCGACAAAUUUGUCACUCGACUACGACUACGCUCACGUGACUGUAAGUUCAACGCAAACGAAGACGAAAUGAUCAGAGACAGGAUCGUUUUCGGCACGAACAAUUCAAGAAUAAGGGAAAAACUCAUCAAUGAAGGAGAGAAGCUAACGCUUGACAAAGCACUCCAGAUAGCUCAAAGCUUUGAGUACUGCCAGACUCAAAUGGCAACCAUGAAUUUGACGUCAACGCAAACGGACACACCGCCAGUCACCCCAACACCCGUGGACGCCAUACACAGACGUAACGGACGUAAGCCACCGCCAGACAACCACCAACAGCAGCGCCAACCACCACAGCAGCGCCAACAACAACGUUCAUAUCAACGAUAUGAGAAAUCAUGUGACAAUUGCGGACGAGUGCACGGACCUACCAAAACUCAGUGCCCAGCAUUUGGCAAAUUGUGUAACAAGUGCCAAAAACAAAAUCAUUUUGGACAUAUGUGCAGAAGUAACCAGAAUUACCACAAAUCUGUACAUGACAUUGACGCUAGUGCUGUAGACGGUGCAUGUGGAUAUUCAUGUGACACACCGGAAUACUACAUCGACAUGGUAAGCACACGUUCUUUAUCACAAUCGCCAGACCGUGCCUUCGUUCCCAUCACUCUUGGUCCUAGCAAAGUACCAAUACAUUUCAAAAUUGAUACAGGCAGUGAAUGCAACAUAGUUUCACAUGAAACGUUCAAACGCCUAAAAUUAAGUGCCCCUCUCGAGCCCCCCGACAGCAAACUGACCUCUUACUCAGGCGACCUUCUCAAGGUUCUUGGAAAAAACGAGGAAGAUGUUCUAUAUCUAUGGAACGGACUAUAGAUAGACUGACCACGUGAUUGGCCAGAGCCCGCGGAGCCCGGCACGCUCCAGCGUCAGUCAUUAACUAUAGCUCGAUAGGAUAACAUGCAACUGUAGAUUGUGUAUUAAACUGUUAAAUAGACAUAGCCUUUUGUACUUGCCUUCACCCUUGUGUUGACUUU